CUGACGGAUUUUCAUAACACAGGAAGGGGGGUCAAUAAAAUCAUUCCGCGAUACAGGGACCCGAUUGAGUUGUGAGUGAAUCGUUUGUGUGAUUGUUGAUCUCGUAGCGCGCGGCCCUCCCACAAGUCGCGAAUCGAACGGCACAUCCGUCCUGCAUCGCCCUUCCACCGGUUGCCAUCACAACGCCAUGGUAAUGUUACGAUCGGUGCUAUCCUCCGCCCGACGCAUUCCGCUGAUCAAGUUCCGCAAGGGAGGCCCCUUCCUGGACGUGGCCAGUCAGUCGACUGGCGGUGCGGCCGGUUCUUCCCCGUCCACGGCGGCCGGUGCCAGCGGAGCUGCAGCAUCCGCGCGAUCCGUGUCAUCCGGAGAAGCCAUCGAGGAGUGGCAGCUGCCGGCGCGCUACCGCCGAAAACCGAUCGAUGACGUCGAGGCAGAAUGGAUUAACCGCGGUGGGCCACCGGCAUAAGAGCGUGGCGUCGUGUCCGCACGCGUCCGCGUCUAGUCAGUAAAAGGAACAGCUGAGAAGAGAGGAUGAAAGCCCGGUGCCAGUGCCACUGGCCUAACGGGACCCCAGCGUCAACGUCUCGACCGCCCCCGGGGGGGACCAAAAGAAUGUGGUAGGAAACUCGUAGGUGAACCCGUUUCUCCGUGUCGCGAAACUCCCUCUCCCAGUGCGCACUCUGGCGACGUAGUUUUGGGAUGUAUUUUCGGUAAAAAGCCCACCUUCCAAGGGAUGCGGCCACUUUACUACACCACACGCUAAACACUAAAUAAAUCCUCGAUGUCCGAUAUCAAGAAUGGUGCUAAAACA